UGUCGAACUUAAAUGUCAUUUUUUCCGAUACACCCUCAAGCCUAUCUUCCGAUGAAUUCCACCGUCGCCAAGAAAUUCAAUGGCGACUUGCCCAAGAAUACUUGACGCCUUCAAUAGAUCCAUCCGCCUGCAAGGAAGAGCUUCUUAGAAGCUCUGGGCUCCUCGACUUCCUCGAUUCAACCAGACCUAAAGCCAAUCGGAUGCUACAAGGGUUUCCCGGCCAUCUCUUUCUCGGAUGACGAGGUACGAAUUUUAUCAGCCCCUUACCAGUUUGCGUUAGUGGGUCGCUUCUCAAAUUCAAGACCACCAUUGGACAUCAUCCGCAAAAGUUUUGAGAAAAUUGGAUUUACUCCAGGUUUCUCCAUCGGUCUCUUAGCCCCUUCCAUUAUACUUAUAAAUUUUUCAUCCCCAACUGAAUAUCAACGUUGCUUCUCGAGACGCCUGUGGAAAAUUCAUGGAUCUCAAAUGACUUUGUCAAAAUGGAGUCCAGACUUCCAUGCCGAUCACGAAAAUCCAGUCUUCCCGGUAUGGGUCAGUCUUAUUCAUUUACCUAUCCAUCUCCACGAAGCCAAAGCUCUCCAUUGUCUAGCAAGGGCACUUGGUAACCCAUUGAUGAUGGAUGCCUCAGCAACCGCCAAAACCAGGCCCUCCAUAGCUAGGUUUUGUGUUGAAAUAGACAUCUCCAAAGAACUCACGAAGAAAAUUUUGAUCGAAAAUGGUGGGAUGGGUUUCUUCCAAGAGAUAACCUAUGAAAACCUGCCUGAAUUUUGCCGUCAAUGUCGGAAAAGUGGCCACUCCACCAGAAACUGUUGUGGGAAAGAAAAAAGACAAGAAGAAGACUCUAACAACAAAGUGCAACGAGAUGCAAUUCUAAAAACACCAACAUGUGACUUUGGGAGGGCAAAUCGGAAUCUGGCCCUAGUAAAAAAGUUACUCCGUACUAAGUUAGAAGCGUAUGGAGCUGUCCAGACAACUAAAGAGGACAAAACUCCUGCAAAUACUACAGAGGAGGCUGCGAAAGAUGAUGGGCUCCAAGGCCCUUACCCCCCUCCUGAUUUGGGACCCAUUUUUGAUAUCAAACAACCACCUACAUGUGGAUUGGUCCCCAAUUCAGGUACGAAUAGAACUGACCAAAACAUAAUGUGUCAAGAUUUGGGUCAUAAGAACUCUGAGGUGGACAUAGUUGUUUCGUCUCCAUCCCCGAAGGGAGAUGAACUUGCAACUUAAGGUCUGGACAGUAUCCUUACUGCCACUCCUUGCAAUAGGGAUACUCCCAAAACUCCAUAUAGCAAUUCUCAAAAUGUUGUUCAAACUGAUGACCAAAAUGAUACUCACAAAAGGGAUAAUCAAUCCCCUUGUCCUUCAUCGGAGGUUAACUUAACAGUAAAGAGGCACACUAAGGAAGUCAUUGUUGAGGUGGAUGGUUAGUUAUUCAUCACCGAAGUUUAUGAUGAUGAGAGUUCCCGGAUUAAAGCUGCAGCAAAUCCAAAUGAGGUUUGUGAGUCUAUCACUGCUGGUGUGCACUCAGAUCAGAUCUCUGAGCCAUCUAAUGAGCCGAAAUCUGAGGUAUCUUUGGAGCCUAUUACUGUUAUUAAUGAGGAGGUAGGGUUGCCGCUAAUAGACUCAAAGGUAAUAUCAUCAAACAAUGUGGAAGAUGGGAUGCCAGCGACACCUAGAUUCGAUUAUGAAGAGUAUCAAUACGAAGGGGAUUUCACGCUAGUUAAAAGGAAAAACCGUAAUUGCUUGGCGGUUCCUGAGUUAACCAUCCAAACACGAAGUUGCUAUCAAAGACGAGGUCGUGGUAGGAGAUGACGUGGUCAAGCCUACUAAGUCACAAAAGUUCAAACCCACGGGAAUGUAGUUUACGUUUGGCUUUGGUGCUGCGUCCCUUUUCUAGCUCUUUUCUGUUUGUCUUGUUUUGACUACCACUUUCGGGUAGUCCCUCCUUUGUAUCCUUUCAUUUUUCAUUAAUAAAAAACCCUUUCCAUU